CUCUGAUAUAUUUCGGUAUAUUCUGGUAUAUACUCCAACGAACAUGAUACAGGACUCCCCUGGAACUCGGUGCCGUCGUAACCGCCAUCCCUGAUGCUUGAGCAGUGGCAUCACGAGGUAGGCGUCUGAGUGCUAAGCAUCUGCGAUUUCCCUUGACCAUGUCCAAUCCCCCCCGCUGGAAAUAUUGAAUAUCUCCAAGUUGACCUUCAUUUCUAUUGUUGUUUGCUGUUGUGUUUCCUUUAUCUCCUUCUUUUCCCUUCCACCAAAGCCUUCAACCAGAGCUGGAUCUCUACGUGCUUGUUCUAUUCUUGUAUAAUUUUGUUUUUUGAAUAUGGCUUCUGUGAAAUACUACCCGGUGUCGCUGGCCGACGAGAAGGAAUCAUACUCGCCCUCAGACACAUCCUCCACGACGCUCCUUCCCUAUGAAGAGGACCACAGAAUCACCGAGAGGCGGCAGCUCAAGUCGGUACUACAGUCGAAAUGGCUCCUGUUAGCACACGCGCUAUUUUUCUUAUUCUCGCUGGCUAUCUUCUUACGGGGCAUCACCUUCUCAGCGCCAACAACUGCGAAGUUUGUGAAGGAGUUCUCGGAAUACUCUCCCGCGGCCCAUGUGAUAGAAUAUGAAGACAUGAAGUUCAACGGCAGCAUGUAUGCUACAUCGGCGUACAUUGGCAAAGGUCCUGAAGUCGACGCUGCUUGGGAUGUCAUCUCAUAUAAUGUCGGCGACCAGAUGAUUUCCGCCGCCGAGCUCCGCAAAAUCGAUAAGCCAACCACCGUCCUCAAAGUGACAGACCCCCGUACAGGCAUCGAAGGCUACCGCGUCGGCCUCGAAGUCUUCCACCAGCUUCACUGCCUUAAUCUGCUCCGCCAGGCUACCCAUAUUGACUACUAUGGGGGCCGCGGUGGAGACUUUUCGGAAGGGAUUGAUGGCCUACGGAUGCAUCUCGAUCACUGCCUAGAGAUGUUGCGCAUGAACCUAAUGUGCCAGAGCGAUGUUGGGCUCAUUACGUUCGAGAUGACGGAUGAGGGCAUCUGGCCCGACUUCAGCACGUGGCACACGUGUCGUAAGUUCGAUAAUGUGCUUGACUGGGCGAUGGAGAAUGCGGUAGCGAACGAUGACCCGAUGUAAUAUUCCGGGUUUCGUAGAAUUGAACAAUAAUAAGUCAUAUUUGACAGACUACUAUUAAUAUUGAUGGGGGUCUUGCCAAAGAGGG